ACCUUCAACUCUUGAGCAAGCCUCCCAAUGUUCCUUUCCUAAGACCUAACAUAGUAGCCAUGAAUACAAAUCUAGUACAAUUUAAUUAGAUUAAAAAAAAUUUAUAUUUCAACAGUGAUAUUUAUAAGUGACAUAUACUUUUUUAAAUAUUUAUAAAUAAUAAUUGUUAGUGUAAGUUUCGAUAUGGAGAAAUAUUUUGUGUUAAUAUUUUUGGCUGUCUCCUGUUGGAAGGGAAACGCUGAACGCAUAGAUAUAGGAGGUGGAGGGAAGAGCAACUACACGUUCCCAAAGGAGUUCAUUUUUGGAGUAUCAACGGCUGCUGCGCAAAUAGAAGGAGCAUGGAACCUAGAUGGAAAAUCAGAAAGUAUUUGGGAUCACUUAAUUCACACACACCCCGAAUUCGUAAAGGAUCAUACAAAUCCCGACGUCGCGGCGGAUUCGUAUCAUCUGUACAAGAGAGAUGCAGAAAUGAUACACGAAUUAGGGGUCGACGUAUAUAGGUUUUCCAUCGCCUGGCCAAGAGUAUUGCCAACAGGUUUUGCCAACAAAGUGAAUGCACUAGGCAUCCAAUAUUAUCGUAAUCUUAUCGACGAGCUACAAAAAUACAAUGUAACACCAAUGGUCUCUAUUUACCAUUGGGAUCUGCCUCAGAAAUUGCAAGACAUUGGAGGAUGGACAAAUGCACACAUAGUUGACUACUAUACUGAUUACGCUAACAUUUUGUUUAAAAACUUUGCGGACAAAGUGAAGUAUUGGGUAACGUUCAACGAGCCCAUGCAGACAUGUUUGGAAGGUUAUGGAGGCACGUACCGUGCGCCGGCGUUGAACCGACACGGCAUUGCUGAGUAUCUCUGUACUCAUAACCUUUUGAAGGCCCAUGCUAACGUCUAUCAUCUCUUCGAUAAACAAUAUCGUCCUGUGUACGGAGGUAAAAUCGGUAUGUCCUUAGACUCGAAUUGGGCUAUACCCAAAACGAAUUCGACAGAAGAUCGUGAGGCGGCUGAACUCUAUCUGAAGACUCAUACGGGAUGGUAUGCUCAUCCAGUAUACUCAGCAGAGGGCAAUUAUCCGCCAGAGUUGAUUAAACUUGUUGACGAUAAAAGCUUGAAGCAAAAUUACAGUCGUUCUCGUUUACCAAAAUUUAGUCCUGAAGAAGUACAGUUCAUAAAAGGCACGGCCGAUUUCUUUGGGUUGAAUCAUUACACUAGUUACUUAUUAAGUAUGGCUGACAAAGAAGUUGGAGCAAUACCGUCUCACGAGAAUGAUGUUGGAAUUGUCAGAGUCCAAGAUCCUUGUUGGCCUUCGAAGUCAUCUUCGGAUUGGUUGAAGGUUGUACCCGUCGGCUUUCGACGUCUUCUUCAAUGGGUGACUAAGAACUAUGCAAUCAAUGUUCCUAUAAUAGUAACAGAGAAUGGUUUCGCUGAUUUUGAUGGCGUAGCAGACACGGCAAGAUGUUCCUAUUACAAGCAUUAUUUGAAUGCUCUAUUACACGCCAUACACGAGGAUCGCAGUAACGUGGCGGGCUAUUUUGCAUGGAGUUUAAUGGAUAAUUUUGAAUGGGAUGAUGGCUUUAGGUCCCGCUUCGGUCUGUACUUGGUCGAUUUUGACAGUCCCAAUAAGACAAGGACGCCGAAGCAUUCAGCUAAGUUAUACUCCUCCGUAAUCUCCACUAGAAGCUUACCAGCGGACUAUGACCCGGAAGACUUCAGCGCCUUUUCCGGGGUAUCUAACCCCGUCCCGACCCUGCUACCCAUCAUAGCAAUUUUGUACAGACUACUGUAGAAUACCUCAUGUACAAUACUUUUUUUUGUAAAUAAAAACUGUACAACGC